AUGCAAAACCCUGGGAAGGGACGAGUUGGACCACCUGGCCCUCCAGGGAAACAAGGGCCAGCUGGACCAAAAGGAUCAAAAGGUAUACUCGGAAGGGAAAACAACAAAGAUCGAUAUGAAGGGAAAAACGAAAAUUGUAAAACGCCAACUGUAAACGCAGUUGAGGAAGAAAAUGAAACUCGUUUUGUAAUUUCGUUUGUAUGUUCCAGUAAUUAAUUAGAAGUUAGCCGGCAGUAAAGAAGAAGUGCGGUUAUCGAUGUUAAAUUAGCAUCUCAGUUAUUUUCUGACAAAGUAUUCCUUUUGCGGUUCUUGCAGUUUAUGAUCAUGCAGUGUAUCAAUUGCAAGCAGGCCAAUUUUCAACCGCUUCACGCUUGAAAGCAAAUGUGGCUUGUAAGAGCCCCAGAGGAAAAAAACACUUUUAUGGAUUCCACUUUUAAACACUAAAAUAAGUGAAAAUGUUGGGAUCGAGCGCUUAGAGCCAUUUUAUACUUUGUAGGGGGACAAGGAAAACCAGGUACCAACAAGCCAUCCCCAGGCCCUCCUGGUCCUAAAGGAGACCAGGGAGCAGUUGGGAAGACUGGAGCCCAGGGACCACAGGGUGAAAAAGGAGAAAAGGGACAGGAUGGAGCUGGAAAUUCAGGGGUGCAGUACGUUCGCUGGGGAAGGACCACAUGUCCUACUGGUGCGCAGAUAGUUUAUAAAGGUAAGCGAAGAUAUCUUACAUAAUAGUUACUAUUGCUGCCAUGAUUCUAAAGACAAAAAGAGUGAUAAACUGAAGAUUUGUAUGCCACAUAAACCUACUAAUCAUUAUUUAAAUGUGACAACAAUGAAACUUCUCCAAGGUUGUUACAUUUACUGGUCAAUAACCUGGGCCUCUCUUUAAGUUAUCUUUUUGUUGCAUCUUUCCAGCAUAUUAACAGUUGAGUGUAACUGGUUCGUACCUGUUCAUGCAUGAGACAGACUGAAAUCUGGGUAUGAGAUAACGCCCUUGUUUUUCCUAACAAUGCGCAGUCUCACGGCCUUUGUUACGUCGAUGUCACAUGAAAAUGUAUGCCGCAAAAGUUGGUCAUCCAUCAGACCCUGAAUAGUGAAUUAUUACCCACAAAGCAUAAAUGAUUGCGCUUGCUGAAAUGUAGUUUCAUAAGUUUGUACAAGUAGGCUUUUUUAUGUAUGUAAUUCUAGAGUAUUGCAUUACAUUUUUGCCUCAAAAUGUUACAUCCAUUUGUGGUCUGUGGUCUUGGUGUUUCAAGCAGUCUGAUUAGUUCGCUAUCUUAAUCAGGGGCACCAGACGAGAAUAUAGUUCAAAACCACUUAAACAUAGCAUUGUUAAACGUAUUUUGGUAUUUAAACAGUAGCUAUAGGCAUAUUUUUAUCCCCUAAAAAUUUUUCAUCUGUUCGGAUUUCCUAGCUGAAAGCCAGGUGAUCCGAAAAUUAUAGGGAUCAAAACUUACCUUUUCGAAAAUUUCAGCCAGAAAAAAGGCUCCCGAAAAUUUUAGGUGACCUUUUUAGGGUAAAAAUCGGUUAAAAAUGAGCAAUUAUACCUUUUUUAGAUGUACGCAAAUCCUAGGAGAGGCAGGCAAGCAAGAAAUUUUAAAACAAAUGUUUCGAAAAUUCUAGAUCUCAAAUCGUCUUUCGAACAGAUAUUUUCCGAAAAUUGACGUUGGGUGCCCCUGCUUAAUAUUCAGCUCUUAGCGAUAUUGCGUGAGCUAGAUGUUUUGCCAAUUUUUUGAGUAAGAACUAGUCAACAGAAUCCUAUGGUUGAUGUUUUUGAAGGUAAGAAAAGAUUUCAAACUAUUUUAACUGCGUUUUCCGAUUUACUUUUAUAGCAGAAUGUUUUCGUUUUCAACAACAGUUUACUCGAGUAGAGGAUGCCAUUUUGUUAACUCAGCAUUUCCUUACAAGGGGAAUUCAGUUGCCUAGAAAUCAAAGUUAAUUUAUGAUGAAAGAAGAUGAAAACAAAUGUUUGCGAAAAUUCUUCAUUUCAAAUAACCAAGGCAGAGAAAAGACGCCUUGCCUCCCUCAACCGCUAGCCGCCAUUUAAUGCACUUGCGAAGAGCAGAACAGGAAAGCUUUUAAUUAAAGGGGUUGUGUCACCGCAGUCCAGUUUCUUUUGUUUAAUUUUGCGAAUUACUCGCCUUCAAUCGCUAUAGAACUUAAAAUAUGCAAUUAAUUAUACGUAAAUGACAAAAUCAGAGAUCCGAGACAAACAAAUAUGUCUCCUGAGCAUUGUUUUUGAAGUUGCAAGCAGCAGGGACCAACUUUGAAAAACUGUUAGGCUGAACAGUUUUCAAAAAUCCUAAUUUCAAUCCGAUUCAAUCUUCUUCAGUUUUGCCCAUCCGUGGCAUCUGUUGUUUCUGUUACGUUAUUUUAACCUUCCUUUAAAGUUUUAAGUGGUUAUUUUUAUGUUUCUCUUAAUUUAACGGGCAUUUUGUAAUUUCCUAAUUUGGCUGAAUUUCGUGACACAGCUCCUUUAACUUGGCGUGUUGACAGAAUUUCAAAAAGAAUAAUUGUUGUUGAUAUUUUUUUUGCUUUGUAUCAGGUAUAGUAGGUGGAGAGCACUACACUCACCCUGGUGGUGGAGCGAACUACCUCUGCCUUCCACACAAUCAAAGUAUGACGAGUACAAAGAUGGCCAUCAGAGCUCCGGAUACAUGUACGGCACUGAGUAUGAAGUAAAUGAUCGCGACGGAAAACAGAGAAAUCUUCACGAUCAUGAAGCACCAUGCGUUGUCUGCUUCGCCAAAUCACGUGGCUCGAUGCUGAUGAUGCCUGCCAGGAAUGACUGUCCUUCUGGAUGGACCGAGGAGUAUCAUGGGUACCUGAUGACUGCAUAUUAUAACCACAAGCAUUCAACCGAUUUCAUCUGUGUUGACGGGGAUUCAGAGUUUGUUCCUGGUACCCAUGCAAACAAGAAUGGUGCUUUGCUGUACCCUGUGGAAGGUGUUUGUGGCUCACUCCCAUGUCUUCCUUAUGUCAACGGGCGAGAGUUGACAUGCGCUGUGUGCACCAAAUGA